UGCGAAGUCCCGCCGUUCGACUUAAACCCCGCCACAGCAGUCUUCCAGCGCAGUGGCAAACACAACCGGUCACAGAUUCGAUCUCGUAGCACGCAGAAUCUCGCAGAUUGAGCUUCACUGGACAGGGACUCUAUCAGUAUGGCGCAAAUCGAGCGAGCGGUGACGGAGAAGAAGCCGGUCCCGGAGAUCGACUUCACUUUGCAUACUAUGGAAGAUGGCACACAGGUGUCAACGCAGGAGAGAGUGUGUAAAGAGGUGCAAGCACCCGCUCUGAACGUCCCUAGCGAUGAAUCCUUCUGGUCGCCUCAGGACCCCUCCAAGCCUAACCUUCAAUUCCUCAAGCAACACUUUUAUCGCGAGGGUCGCCUGACAGAGGAGCAAGCAUUAUGGAUCAUCAAUACCGGAACUCAGUUGCUACGGUCGGAGCCCAACUUGCUCGAGAUGGAUGCGCCCAUUACGGUGUGCGGUGACGUGCACGGUCAGUACUACGAUCUGAUGAAGCUGUUCGAGGUCGGUGGAGACCCGGCGGAGACACGAUAUUUAUUCCUCGGAGACUACGUCGAUCGAGGUUAUUUCAGUAUUGAGUGUGUGCUGUAUCUCUGGUCGUUGAAGAUCUGGUAUCCGAACACACUCUGGCUGCUUCGUGGAAACCAUGAAUGCAGACACUUGACAGACUACUUCACAUUCAAACUCGAAUGCAAGCACAAGUAUAGCGAACGCAUCUACGAUGCAUGCAUGGAAUCUUUCUGCGCGCUGCCGCUGGCUGCCGUCAUGAACAAACAGUUCCUGUGCAUCCAUGGCGGCCUGAGCCCAGAAUUGCAUACGUUGGAAGAUAUCAAAUCCAUUGACCGCUUUAGGGAGCCACCGACGCAUGGUCUCAUGUGCGACAUCCUGUGGGCGGACCCUCUGGAGGAGUUCGGCCAGGAGAAGACCGGUGAAUACUUUGUCCACAACCACGUCCGAGGUUGUUCGUACUUCUUCUCCUACCCCGCCGCCUGUGCUUUCCUUGAAAAGAACAAUCUGCUGUCCAUCAUCCGAGCACACGAGGCUCAGGAUGCUGGCUACCGGAUGUACAGGAAAACUCGCACGACGGGUUUCCCUAGUGUCAUGACUAUUUUCAGCGCUCCAAACUACCUGGAUGUGUAUAACAACAAGGCCGCCGUGCUAAAGUACGAGAACAAUGUCAUGAACAUCCGACAGUUCAACUGCACCCCUCACCCAUACUGGCUUCCGAACUUUAUGGACGUGUUUACCUGGUCGCUCCCAUUCGUGGGGGAGAAAAUCACAGACAUGCUGAUCGCUAUUUUGAACACCUGCUCCAAGGAAGAGCUCGAGGACGAGACGCCGUCCGAAGUAUCUCCCACCGCCCCUGCAUCGCCGCCUCUUCCUGGGGACCCAGAAAGCAGCGAAUUUAAGAGACGAGCGAUCAAGAACAAGAUCCUUGCCAUCGGCCGUCUUUCUCGUGUUUUCCAGGUGUUGCGUGAGGAAUCUGAGCGCGUCACUGAGUUGAAGACUGCUUCUGGUGGCCGUCUUCCCGCCGGUACUCUGAUGCUUGGUGCAGAGGGUAUCAAGCAAGCUAUCCAUAACUUCGAGGAUGCGCGUAAGGUUGACUUGCAGAACGAGCGCCUGCCUCCUACGCAAGAGGAGGUUUUCAAGAGAAGCGAGGAGGAAAGGCGGGCCGCUCUCGAGAGAGCCACCCAAGAGGCGGACAAUGAUGCUGGUCUGGCCACCGUCGCUAGGCGAAUUAGCAUGUGAGUGCUGGCCUCAACCUUUGCCCUUCGACAAUUGACGAUUCUAACUCUUGACAGGUCUGCUGGUUCUGGCAAGAGCCGUCGUAGCAAAGAUGCCGCCAAGGAACCUAAGGAAGCC